UGCACGCAUGGGUAGGGGGGGUUCCCUCCCUUCCCAUCCGGGCUGCCCGUGGCCUCCUCAUCGCGACGGGCAUCUCUAAUACUUUGUCAAACCCUCUUGAUCCCCGUUUCCCUCUCUCUAACGUUCCCCCGAAGAAACAACCCGGCGUUACGUCAGAAAGUGCAGGGCAAGCAAGAGAGCGUCUUAGGAGCUAUUCGUAGGCAUUGCUGCCAAACCCGGCUCCGGGCUGUUCAUGAGCUCACUGCAGCCAAAGCAAUUCACAAAUCCAACUCUUUUUAAACAGCGUCAGUCCGUGGUCUCUGUUGCUGGCACAAUUGCGCAAAAAAACAAACAGGAGAGUAAACGCUUGUAAAGAUAGAGAGAAGUCUGGCUUACACUGCAGCCUCACUGACAGCACCUUUACAUGAUGAGGCAACAGAGAUUUUUGUCGUUCAGAGGUUUCUGCAGCUUUUUUCGUGUCUGAGUCUUUGUUGGUCUCAAAAAACAACAUGCCCCACGCUCGAAAUAGGAACCCCAGCCCCAUCCCCGAGGUAACAUGGGACACGGGACUGAAGGAGAUGAACGAGACCUGGAAAGGAGCGAUUGCCUGUCUCGGGGUGGCCGUCUUCUUUGUAAUGACCAUUGGGAUCAUAUACUGGCAAGUGGUGGACCAGCCCAACAAGAACUGGAUCCUCAGGGGGACUUUUAGCGGUCUGAUCUGGGAGAGAAGGACCCACUCGCUGGUCAUCCAGACUCUGGCGGAGGACAAGACGUACGUGGAGAUAGACGUGGGGAACGUGGGGAACCCGGACAUCGAGGUUCCCUUCGUGAGGAACCUGUGCUGGCUCAACAAGACCGAGUUCUGCUACACGUGGGACUCGGUGGCCGAGGUGAAGAUCUCGCUGGAGGCGAAUGAGGAUGCGGAGACGGAGUGCUACAGCAUGACCUGGGCGCCGGUGCACUGUGAUGUGGAGCUGAAGGACUGUUUCUCCAUGGCCAACGUGUCCUGGUAUGGGGGUGCCAGUGUUCGGGGUCAAACCUGGCCCAUAAAUGAUCAAAAUGCAACAAUGCAGCCCUUCAUCGUCAGUGAUCUUAAGGACACUCCCGCUGGGUUUGGCUCUGCCCUGGAACGCUACUUCCUGGGUUCAUCAGGUGUUGCGGUGCUUGUAUCUCCUGAUAUCCCCCUGCAGCUCGGGGUGGACAGCAGACAGCAGUUCUGCCUGCAGUCCCUGCCUAGUAUGGAGCGUCUCCCUCUGCAGUAUACUGUGUGUGUGGCCCACAAUGUGAAGGCGGCUCACCAGGAGGCGGUGCGACAGCUCUCUGAGCACAGCAGGGAGCUGCCCAACAUGAAAGCACUGUGGCUGCCGUUCUGGAAGCUGCUCGCUAAUGUCGAUUCAGGGCCGAAGGUGGAGAGGGAACUGAGAACCUUCUCAAAUCGUCUGAAGAGACACCAGCUGGGGGAGGGAGUCAUCAGCCUCAAUGAACAUUCCACCACCCUCCUCUCCGAUAUGGACCAUGACUACCUCAUCAGCAGAAAAAGGGGGAUGUCCAAGAGACUGACCAGGGACCUCCCACUUGUCAAGCUUCUCAACAUUUCCAUCACCCUGUCCCCUUUCCUGGGUGUGGACACCACACAGUUCCACACCUCGCUAGUUGAUGGCACAGAGGCCUUCUGGCUCAGUCUCCCUUCAGCCCCACAGGGACAGCUGAUCCCUGUGAUGAGCCAGUGGCAGGGGAAGUUCUGCGUAAAGCUGAACAUCACAAACCCAAGAGCAGUCAGCUGGUUCCUGGACAGGGUGGGAUCCCUGCAGGCCCACUUAGGAAUGGAGUACAUCAUGCUGGAGGGGGGGGAGAGGAAUCUGUUUGAGGAGCAGGCCCUGCGACCACCACAGACUCUGGGUGGAGACAAGUACAUUGAACUUCUAGCUGACCUGGCCAGCAGAAUAGGAGACUCCACCAUCAUGACAGCAGGGACACGGUCGAGCCACCGGCCGCUGUUUGUGAAGAUGGCCCCCCUGCAGUCUGACUGGGGCUGGAUGGGGCUGAGGGCCAUCAUUCCCUCCCUGCUGCACCACACACUGCUGGGAUACAACUUUCUCAUUCCCGAUGCAGUAGGAGGCUCUCUGUCCGGAAACCUGGUCACGGAUGAGGAGUUGUUCAUCCGCUGGCUGGAGAUUGUGGCCUUCCUACCAGUUAUGAGCUUCCACACACCACCCUGGGCCUGCGGAGAAGAUGAGGUGCUAAAUCUAACUCGGACCUACAUAGCCAAACACCAGAGAGAGGUGGUCCCUCUGAUGGGGAAGUAUGCCGACGAGUGGCAGAUGACAGGAAACCCCAUCUACCGGCCAAUGUGGUGGCUCAGUCCUGAGGAUCCCAUGACUUUCACCAUUGAUGACCAGUUCCUGAUUGGAGACGAGGUCUUGGUAGCGCCAGUAGUGGAGAAGGGGGCAGUUCAGAGGGACGUUUACUUACCAGACGGGGGCUUCCAGUGGCAGGACAGCCGGAAUGGGCAGGUGUUCGACGGGGGGACGUUUCUGCAGGACUACCCUGUCCCCCUGGAGGAAGUGGCUGUUUUUUUACGAAGGAGCUGAGUGAUCCGACUCGUCCACUGAGUCUCCUGGCUUAACCUGUUACUUUUUAAAUCAAAUUCUUUUUUUUCUUUUUUUUUUUUUAAUACUCGUGCUGUUCCCAACUUGCACUUUUCCACUACAGACCAUUGACCUUUUCUCAAGCUCUGACUUGAAGCGACAUGUAGAAAGAUUUUUUUUUUAUACUUGCACUUUACAGUUAAAAACUGUUUAUAUUUCGUUUCCUUUGUGACAGUUUGUUUCUUCCUUUUGUUAAAUGUUAAUCAGUUUUACCUCUUACCCGAUUUUUUUUUUCUGGACUUUUAAAAAAAAAUCCAUUCAGCCAUUUUUUUCUUCUUUUUUCUUUGUGUGCGUGUGUAUAGUUUCGCAGAAAUCUGUGUGUUUACAUACGGCCUUUCUACAGUCUUUCAAUUUUUAGUUUGCUGCUGGCUCUCUUCACAAGGAGGAACAAAGUAAGCCUCACUGUUGGCUUAAAAGAAUCUGAAUCUCUCAAGAAGACCAAAUGAAGAAAUGGAAAAACAAAGGAAGACAUUUGAAAGGGUUCUUUUUUUUAUCAAGGAAAAUGCUUACCAGGAGGAAGUUAGGUCACUGAAAGCUGCAAACAGUUCAGACGCACCAUGGCACCACAUGUUUUGCUCACUCGUUGGAAAGGCUUUUACUUGAACCUAUAAGACUGAGGGGCUGAUGUUUUAUGAAUGUACCUCAAGUCACAGAUUUUCACUGCUUUACAGUCAUUACACACGGCGACCUAUCGCCCCUUAGUAUGUAUUCCUACAAUAGUUUAAAUCAGUUCAUAAACGUACCACUGUGUUGGACACAUCUGAAUGUCCCUUAGUACUGUAAUCAAGAGGAACUUGAGGCCAUGUCACUGUAGUUGUGAUUUUGCAUAUAUUUGAGUAUAGCUCAGUUUUACCUUAUUAUUUACCUGCUGUAGCAAGGGAUUCUAAAUUGGUGGCUUUUUUUCACUUGCUAAUUGAUGUUGUAUUCAAAUGAUAUUUCAAGGGAGCCAGUUUAAGUUUUAAAGAAAGCCUUGAAGACGACACCUUUAGGUUGAACGGACAUUUCAAAGUAAUAGCUUGACAUAUGGAGAAAUAUGUCCUUUCUCUUAAUUUUUUUGCAACUGAUAUUACUCACAUGCCUGCUUUGUAAGGAUGACGCUGCCACAUGCAGCUUAAUCAAGUGUAAAGACCACAGCCGACUUAGUCCAAAGUUCUCACAACAUGUGCUUAUAAAACAGUCGCAUCGCUUUAGUUGAAUCCACGACGUCUCAAAAAGUGUUUUUGCAGCAUGCAGUUGUUCACCUUCCUUUAGUUUCUGUGUAAAUGCAUAGCUAACCAUCUGUUUAUGCAAUAUUACCCUUUCAACUACCAUGUGGUGUACAAUUAACCAUGUAUUUUAUUUUGUUCCUUCCAAACCAAGACUUAUACUGUAAUGGCUGAAUAUGUUGGACAUGGGUUUUUAUUAAUGAACAAAUGCCACAGUUGCUGCCGUCAGCUGUCGGAGCUGCUAAGGGGCCCCGUGCCUGGUGAUUGAGCUGAGCCAUCACACUGGCUGACAUUCGUCCCAAUGAGCUUCUACAGCACAGGCCAUAAGCUGUGACUGAGAUAAAAAAAUAUAUAUGUAUAAUCAAUCAAUUCAAAGGCAAAUACAUGGUCUGCAUCUUAGAGUUUGAGUCAUUACUAAAAAGAUGCUAAAUUUGUCCAAAGGAGCAAUAAAAGUUGCUAGGGUAAUUAAAAAGUCAGUCAAUUGCAUACCAGAAUUUGUAAGAAAAGGUAUUGUUUGUAGAAAGCUCUCAUUUUUCUCUUAAAGCCCCGUCGCAAUUUCCAAAUAAAUGAAUAAGCCUGUUAUCCCUAAUCUACCAAAACAUUUAGGCGCACUGCCCUGAGUGUGAGAGAGCAGAUGGUUUAGCUUUUGGAUGUACUGUAUGCUGGAUUAACUAUGUGUUGUUCGCAAUAUGGACUGGUGUAAACAGAAAAGAAAAUACCUUUUUUAACCAAGGGAGAGUUGUUUUGGUUCUCAUUUGUAGACGAAAUCUUGAACUUUUCACAAAAGAGAUUUUUGUUUUGAAUCCAAAUAUUGGUCCUAAGUGAGUGUUAAACCGGUCCUGCAGCCAAAAAUUGAUGAGUUUGCCAGAACUAAACCAGUUCAUUUAUGAUUUACCAGGCAGCAGGAGGCUCAGCUUCCACCAGCCUUUCACUUUAGUGUUUUUCCCCUCAUGCGUUGACCUGUUCUUUUGAAUGUCCACUUUGACAUCCACCAGUUUCUUCUGUUUAAUACUUAUAAGAUGUUUGAUCUAUGACUUAAAAAAAAGGUUCCGUUUAAUUGAAUUCUAAUUCUGCCCAUGGAGAAAUUUAUUCUUUUCAGCCAUGAUUUAUCAGUUUAUUUGUGGAAAGUUAAUCACACCGUUCUCUGUUAGUGUUUUUCUUCAUUGACUUUGUUCUUCGCAGCACAAUCUUAACUGGCCGCCAGCAACGAUAGACACUCAUAUCUUAUUUAGUCAAACCAAAAUGAAAAGACCUAACGCGUUUACUUUAUCAACUCAAACACUCAGGUCUAAUGAAGCUUAUCGCAUCACCAAAUGUCUUAGAGCAACACGGUAUGUUGUAAACACACCAACGUCUUAAUCUCUCACAGCUCAGAAUGUACGAUGGACAAACUGUGAUUUCCCGCAGCCCAUCUUUUGACGGGCUUUUUCUCGUUACCAUGAUAACGCUUUUUUUUGCUUUUGGAAUGCUGUGCCAUGCUCGCAUAUAUGCUGCAGGAAAAAGCUCUGAUAGGUUUUUCCUCCCCUUCUGUCUACGAAGACCCUGAUGCCUUACUAUAAUGCCACUCUUAAAUCUGGACAAAGACGAGUGUCUGGAUUAUUGCAGUAUCAGCAAUGAAAAUAUUACGAUGACUGUGCCAUUACAAAUGUUUUUAUCUUCUGUAAAUCAGAGAACGUAGAAUGACAAAAGUUGCAAUAAAGUUUACAUUUUCUUACUUCA